AAAAAGUAAAGUAACAAAACAAAGGGGAAAGCCCCAGGUUAAAAACGGUCGCGAAAGGUAGUCGUCCUUAACGAUAAGCCAAAGAGAUCGAAGAAAAAACUCUCGAUUGAAGCGUCGCCGAGCUCCGACGACGUCCAUGGACAAGCCAGGCAAACAUCAGGUUUCGUUGAGAGGAGCGAGCGCCAAGGAGAUUACCAGAGAUGCGCUGCUCGAGAAGGUCUCUCAGGAACGAGAGCUCCGUCAGUACGCCCGACGGGCCACGGCUGCUGCUCUCUUCAUUCAGAGAGUGUGGAGGCGCUACAGGGCGGCGAAGAUUGCUGCGUUGGAGUUUCGAGAAGAGUGGGAGAAAGUAGUGGACCGGUAUACUAAGUUAGCCUUCUCUGCAACAUGGAUUUCCAGCAAUGUAGUGAGGCCUUUUCUUUUAUUUGUUACUUGUUUAUCUAAUCGGCAUAGGAGCAUUCAAACCGCCGAAAUGUGCUCUAUGAAGACUUGCUUUCAGAUUCUACUGGAAAGUGUGAAUUCUACUGAUUCAAAGAAGAACUAUUGUUCCCUGGCAAUUGGCACUCUUGAAGAAAGAAGAGUCUGGAGUUAUCAGUCAAGGAAGCUGAUUUCUCUCUGCAUGUUUGUUCUUUCUGAGUGUGACACGUCCCAUGCACGGGGUCAAGAUUUUGUUGCUCUCACCUCCCUAGCAAUGCGUUUUGUUGUUGUCUUAACUGAUCUCAAAGGAUGGAAGAGCGUUGCUGAGCUUGACUGGCUGAGUGCAGAUGCAGCAGUGAAGGAUUUAGUUCGAUUUAUGGGUGGUGGUGAAAGUGGUCUCUACUUAGCCAUUAGAAGAUACAUUAGCACGUUGGAUCCUCCGGGAUCUUCACGGAUAAGCAGUAAUAUACAAAGAGAUGAUAGUUUUCUGAUUACUGCAAGUACAAUAACUUUAGCUCUCAGGCCAUUUCAUCUAGCAAAGUUUGAUUCAGAUGGCCCUGGCAUAUUGGAUGUCCAUUAUGUUGCUGAGAAGUACUGCGUGUUUCUACUUACAAUUCCUUGUCUUACUCAACGCCUUCCAGCUGUGCUUAUAUCUGCUAUGAGGCACAAGUCCAUUCUCUCACCUUGUUUCCAGACAUUACUGAUUUUGAAAGAGAAAAUAUUAAAAGAGAUGUUAGAUGUGGAUCAGUCAAAGGUUCAUUUUCUUCCCAAGGUGAUUCCCCCAGUUGGUUGGGCUCUUGCAAACAUUAUGUGCCUCGCAGCAGGGACAGAGAAUGAUUCCAUUGAUCCUGGAGGGUUCAGUCAUGAUUUGGAUUUUGUAUCAUAUGUCUCUGCUGUUAACACUCUUGCAGAAAACUUAUUGUCUAGGCUUGAGAAUGUUGACUGUGUCAAGGAUAACCAGGAUCUCCAAAGUGAUGCUGGAACACAUGAGAAGUCCAAUACAGUUUUAUGUGAGGGUGAGACGGGGUCCUUUGAGAUGUACUUGGAUAUGUUUAGGCCUAUUUCCCAGCAGUGGCAUCUUACAGAUCUUUUGGCAACAAUGAACAAAGUUGGUGAUAUUCAAGGGUCUGAGAUUCUGACACCAAAAAAAUGGGAACGUUUAGGGAAGUUGGAACUGCUAGAUGUUGUGCAUUUAUAUUCUUACAUGAUCAGAAUAUUUUCAUGCUUGAGCCCUGCAGUUGGGUCGUUGCCUAUCCUUAACAUGCUAUCAUUUACUCCUGGGUUUCUUGAGAAUCUAUGGAGAGCCUUGGAAACUUACCUUUACCCUGGGGAUUGUCACACUGGUCCUGAUCGUUAUGAUUGUAUCAGUAAAAAUUCUGGUGGUGUAGAAAAAGUUAAGGGUUUUGAGAGAAAACAAAAACACACCAACAAUGAUGGAUUUAAUAAGUGGGUCACUGUUCUUCAUAAAAUUACUGGCAAGUCACAAGCAGGCGUUGAUUGUACGAAUUUGAGUGAUGGUCAACCUAAGCCUAGAUCUGUUCAUGAGGAUUCAUCUGACGUUUGGGAUAUAGAACCUGUGAGGCAUGGCCCUCAAGGUAUCUCAAGAGACAUGUCAUGUAUGCUUCAUCUUUUCUGUGCAAGCUAUUCACACCUGCUUUUGAUUCUUGAUGACAUAGAGUUUUACGAGAAACAGGUGCCAUUCACACUGGAGCAACAACAGAAAAUUGCAUCUGUUAUCAAUACAUUAGUUUAUAAUGGAUUUUCUCAAACUAUUGGACAGCAGGGUAAGUCACUUAUGGAAUCUGCAAUCAGAUGCUUGCAUUUAAUGUAUGAAAGGGAUUGCAGGCACCAGUUUUGCCCUCCUAUUUUGUGGCUUGCACCUGCUAGAAAGAACCGCCCUCCAAGUGCUGUAGCUGCCAGAACUCGUGAAUUUUUCUCAGCAAAUGUAGGGUCAGAUGAUGCUCCGGUUGUCCCAAGUAUAGGCUCUGUUAUAACUACAACUCCACAUGUAUUUCCAUUUGAAGAAAGAGUUGAGAUGUUUAGAGAGUUUAUCAAGAUGGACAAAGCCUCUAGAAAAAUGGCUGGUGAAGUUGCUGGACCUGGUUCACGAUCAGUUGAAAUAGUAGUUCGCCGUGGUCAUAUUGUUGAAGAUGGAUUUCGGCAAUUAAAUUCCCUGGGUUCAAGGUUAAAAUCAUCAAUCCAUGUUUCAUUUGUCAGUGAAUGUGGCCUUCCAGAGGCUGGCCUGGACUAUGGUGGAUUAUCCAAAGAGUUUUUGACUGAUAUAUCAAAAGCAGCCUUUUCUCCCGAUUAUGGGCUAUUCUCCCAAACCUCAACAUCAGACGGACUUCUAAUCCCUAACGUGUCUGCAAGGUUCCUAGAGAAUGGUAUCCAGAUGAUUGAAUUCCUUGGAAGAGUUGUUGGCAAAGCUCUUUAUGAAGGAAUUUUGCUAGACUACUCCUUUUCACAUGUUUUUGUACAAAAGCUGUUAGGUCGGUAUAGCUUUCUUGAUGAACUGUCAACACUGGAUCCAGAGCUUUACAAGAAUCUCAUGUAUGUGAAGCACUACGAUGGAGAUGUGGAGGAACUCUGUCUUGAUUUUACGGUAACUGAAGAAUCAUUUGGGAAACGGCAUAUCAUUGAGCUUAAGCCUGGUGGAAAGGAUGUUACUGUGACAAACAAGAACAGAAUGCAGUACAUUCAUGGAAUUGCCGAUUAUAAGCUUAACCGACAGAUUUUUCCUUUCUCAAAUGCGUUCAAUAGAGGGUUAGCUGAUGUCAUAUCACCAUCCUGGCUAAAACUAUUUAAUGCAGGUGAAUUUAAUCAGUUGCUUUCGGGUGGAAACCAUGACAUUGACGUUGAUGAUUUAAGGAAGAACACAAAGUAUACUGGUGGUUACUCUGAGGGGAGCCGGACUAUUAAAAUCUUUUGGGAGGUAAUGGAAGGAUUUGAACCUAAAGAACGUUGUAUGCUUCUGAAAUUCGUAACCAGUUGUUCUCGAGCUCCGUUACUUGGAUUCAAACACCUGCAGCCUACUUUUACAAUUCAUAAGGUUGCAUGUGAUAUCCCUCUUUGGGCGACAAUGAGAGGACAGGAUGUUGAGAGGCUUCCAUCAGCCUCGACUUGCUACAAUACUCUGAAGCUUCCAACUUACAAACGUCCAAGCACUUUGAGAGACAAACUUCUAUAUGCAAUCAGUUCCAAUGCAGGAUUUGAACUUUCUUGAGAUUCCCCUUCAGUUAACUAUUCAACAGCGAGUUUCCUUACCAUUAUCACCAGGAUUCGCAAUUAUAUCCAGAAGAGGCUGGAAGAUAUUGAAGACCACAAGCUUGAGGCAUGGAAGCCUGUUCUUCAAAUCUUGAGAUGUGUUGUUUAGCUUAUUGUUGAAAAAAAUGGCAUCUUGGUUUAACCUUGGGAUGCACUCGUUAGUUCCGGAGCCAAACAGGGUGAUUGCUGCUGGCCAACACCCAGUUGGUGGUAAGUUUGUGACUCCAACACUUCGUGCCUCGAGUGCAUACAAAUUCUGUCAGUGUGCUGCAUAUGUCAUAAGUGUAUUUGAAGAAACAGAGACUGAUGUACAAUUUGCUAUAUGAAACAUAAUUGAAUUCGGUUCUCAUGCAAAUCUAAAUCUAUAUGAUCACUAUGCAUUUAAUCA